AUGGUGAAAGUGGAGUCGAAGACCGUCUUCGGCGGUAAUGGCUGUCAGUCGUCGUCAAUGAGUGGCGCGAAUGGGAUGGAAGUGAUGGAUGUCGUGGAUGUGGUGGCGGCCAGUGUUGAGGCCAAUGAUUACAUCGGGAGUCGAGUCGUGUCCGGCAAAGAGCGCCUCUUCUGCAAGUGGACGGACUGUCGCUACGAAUCCAAUCAAAAGAGUUGUAUCUCAAGACAUAUACUCAACAAACAUCUGAACCCAAAUAAAGCCAAUCCUUUCGACUCAUACGACGAGACCAAGUAUUGGGAGAAGAUAUUGAACUCAACCAAGAGUUUACUCAAAAGAUCGCACCCGAAGACCACUCCGGAGGUGAAACCGGUGGCACCGCCUGAAGCGGAAGCCGUAGUUGAAGAAUCGCUUCCCGAACCACCAGUUCUCACACCAUUCGACUCUGAGAUGACCUCCGAUGGCAUCGACGAGACAUUCUUCGACGACAGUCAAUGGUUGGAUCAAAUGUCGAUGGAUUCACUGCAGGCAAUGAUUCCGCAAAAGGGAGUCUCUGUUUGGGAUAAUAACGAUGGCGUGAAUGUGGGUUUGGAUGAGUCGGAUGUCCAGAAGAAUCACUUGAAUAUCAGUAAUAACGAGGAGAAUGUGUUAUUGAGUUGUAAAGGAUUGGCGUCGAUGUCUAAAGUGAGGCAAUACUAUGAAAGUCAGGUUUUGGACGGAGAGAAGUAUUUUCUCUGCAAAUGGAAGAGAUGUGAGUUUAAGACUAAGAAGAGUCAAAAGAUCGCUCAACACAUAAACCUAUCACACAUUGGAGUGGAAUUCAAGUGCAAUAAACCUAAUUGUAAUAAAGUAUUCAAAAACCCGAAUACAUAUCGAGAGCACCAGAAGAACCACAUCUGCGGGUUUGGGAUCUUUGGUUACGGAUCCAAAGGUGUGAUUGGCGUCUGUCGUAAUGAAAACCUCAACAGAUAUCGAGAGCGGGUUAUCAUUGACUCGAAGAAGUUUUAUCGAUGCAAAUGGGAUAACUGUAAUGCCAUCACUCGAUAUCAUAUGGCUAUGAAAAGGCAUUUACACGGUCACGUCUGUCCCUAUAGAGUGAAUCUGAAGCUAAAACAGAACCAACAGGUGAUCAGUGAUAUGAAGAGUGACAACUGGAACCUCGAUCUCGGGUUGGGUUUUUGAAUACUU